GUAAGAGAUGAAAGAACACGUCGUCAUCCAUGUCUAACUACUUUUCAGCAAUUGCCUCAAAAUGAGAAAACCUACAAUAUCAAUUUGGCGAUUGAUACCAUGAAAACAAUCGAUGCUCUUGGAUAUCGUAUGAUCAAUGAUGAACCGCCGGUUCGUUUGCGACCCAUUCGUCUUCCACAGAAUUAUCAGCAAAGCAAUGGCUUCAAGCCACAACCGCUGGAUGCCCAUGAAAUAUCGCUUGACGAUAGCAUGUUCCCGCUUAUUGAUGCCCUAGCCAAAAACACACAUAAUGUAUGGGCAAAAGAGAAGAUUCGUCGCGGGUGGACUUUUGGACUCAGUGAAGUAAGUCCAGUAUAUUUGUCAGCUAGGCAAUUUUUGAAAGUGAUGCAUUUUACGUAG